ACAAAUCCCUCCACAAUCACAAAAGCAACUGCAGAAACAUCUACAACAACAGAGACUUCCACAUUCACAACAACUACUGCUGUAACAUCCACCUCUAGUGAAGCAGAAACAUCUACAGCAACAGAGCCCUCCACAAUCACAACAACUCCUGCAGAAACAUCUACCACUAGUACAGCAGAAACAUCUACAACAACAGAGACUUCCACAUUCACAACAGCUCCUGCUGAAACAUCCACCAUUAUUGCAGCAGAAACAUCUACAACAACAGAGCCCUCCACAAUCACAACAACUCCUGCAGAAACAUCUAACACUAUUACAGCAGAAACAUCUACAACAACAGAGACUUCCACAUUCACAACAGCUCCUGCUGAAACAUCUACCACUAGUGCAGCAGAAACAUCUACAACAACAGAGCCCUCCACAAUCACAACCAGUCCUGCAGAAACAUCUAUCACUAGUACAGCAGAAACAUCUACAACAACAGAGACUUCCACAUUCACA